CUAAUUUAACUACAUCAGAACGUCUGAGGGAUGCAUGUUGAAUUAAUGAACUUGGAGAAUGCUGGUCUCCAGGACCGUGUUAUAGAUUUGGAAAAACGAAGUGCUGAACAAGCCAAUGAACUAGCUUGUCUAAGAAGCUCUUUGGCUGAUUGUCUACGUCGCUUAAAUCUUUUGGAAAGUGCUAGAGGCUCCAAUGUAACUAAAACUAAUUCACGUACUGACUCGUCCUAUUCAUCAAAACGACAUACAAAUUCUCGUAAUCCUACUUCUACUGGUCAUCAAUCGAAAAAUUCACGUGACAGUUCAUUAGUUGUUCCACAUUCUACAACAACAAGUACAACAGCAAGAACUCGUUUAAAAAGUCCUCAAAGUGUUCGAUUAAGUUCAUCAUCAACUACUUUAAAUAAUCAAACGGCUGGUGCUAGCGGUGCAACAAAUCAAACAAGACGAAAUCGGAUUACUAGCGCUAGUUCAGAGGAUAGACAAUUUCAUAAUUUCAAUAAUAAUAAUAAACAUGAAAGUGACAACAAAACUUUAUCUAUGUAUGAAUAUAAUGAUAUGAUAAUGUCACGACAAAGUGAGCCUAUUACUUACCAACAAAAAUCAUCCACUUUAAAAUCGAAUACAUCUUCACGAUAUUAUGAAGCUUCUAAUGGACCAUCUGGUUAUACAGUAUUUUGGAGAUCAGCUUAUGAUGGUGAAUUAGAUGAUAUAUAUCGAAUGAAUCAUUGUCAAAGUCCUCCAGGUCAACAACAUCAACAACAUUCUGUAUCUUUGUCUUCAUCAUUUCGAAAAAAUCAUACAGUUGCUCCACCUCCUCCACCACCACCUGCUCUCCCACCAUCAUCUUUAUGUAUACCGCCAAAUCUUGUUCGUCGUGGUCGUCCAUCCUCUGGACCAUCUUCCUCAGUAAAUUAUUGUGCUAAUGAUUCAGAUGAUCGUUCUGUACAUUUAACAUCAACUGGUCGUUCUCUUCAUCCUACGGCUUGGAAACCUGGUGGAGUAGCAAUAUGUCCUACAAAUCGUGAAGUGAUUUCAUCAGUGAAUAAACCAUCAUGUAUACCCAAAUUUCAUGAUGAUGACUCCAAGGAAACUACUUAUUUACCAGGUGAUGGAAUUCUACGAUUUUAUAUUCGUGGACGUCCAGUCAAUGUUUAUAUGCCUACACAAAUUAUGCAAAAUUAUGAUUUGUCAAUUCCAUUGAAAGCACCGGAUACGACGUUGAAAUUGGAAUGGAUUUAUGGUUAUCGUGGGCGAGACUGUCGAAAUAAUUUACAUUAUCUUCCAACUGGAGAGUUAAUUUAUUUUGUUGCAGCUGUUGUAGUAUUGUAUAAUAUUGAAGAACAAUGUCAAAGACAUUAUUUGGAACAUACGGAUGAUGUAAAAUGCAUUGCUAUCCAUCCGGAUCGUAUCACCGUGGCUACUGGUCAGUCUGCAGGACAUGAUAAGCAGUUUGGAAAGCCACAUGUACGAAUUUGGAGUUCAGUCGAUUUGAAAACACUGAAAAUUAUUGGUUUGGGCGAAUUUGAACGUUCAAUAUGUUGUUUGUCUUUUUCAAAAACGGAUAGCGGAGUUAAAUUAUGUGCAGUUGAUGAAGCUACAGAUCAUGUAAUUUCAAUAUGGGAUUGGCAGAAAAGUCGCAAAAUAACGGAGACUAAAUGCUCCACAGAACCAAUAACAGCUGUUGAAUUUCAUCCAUUAGAUGAUGCAACCCUUGUAACUGGUGGUAAAGGUCAUUUAGCAUUUUGGACAUUCGAUGGAUGUACACUAAGUAAAAAGAUGGGAAUAUUUGAAGUAACUCAUCAAUUUUUAACUGGUGGACGUGAUCAUUUAGUUAUUCUAUGGGAUUCAUUAUCAAAACAAGCUAUAUGGUCAAAAGAAUUCACUGAUGCUAUACAUUGUGCUGCAUUCUAUCCACUUCAAUCACAUUUAAUAACAAAUGGGACUAUGAGUCCAGUUAAUAAUGAUAAUAAUAUAAUUGAUGAAACAAAUAAUUUAGAUUUUAAUGUAUCAAUGAUGAAUUCACAUGAUUUAUUAGUAGUAUUAGGCACAAGUACAGGACGUUGGUUAGUAUUCAAUUGUUUAAAACAAGAAAUAAUUGCUGCGCAUUCUGAUGGACUUGGUGAACAGAUCGAAUGUGUUGCAUAUUCACCUGAUGGAAACUACUUAGCUCUUGGUUCACGAGAUAAUGUUAUUUAUGUAUAUAAUGUGUUAGAACGUGGCUACAAAUACAAUCGUGUUGGACGUUGUUGCGGUCAUUCUAGUUUUAUCCUACAUAUUGACUGGUCUGUAGAUGGUCGAUUUUUACGUUCUGUAUCAGGAGAUUAUGAAAUACUGUUUUGGACUGCAUUUGAUUGUAGACAAGUUGUCUCACCUAGUACACUACGUGAUUUAGAAUGGGCUAGUCAAACAUGUACACUUGGUUGGGAAGUAGCUGGAAUUUGGCCAUCUGAUUCAGAUGGUACUGAUGUUAAUGCUUGUGAUCAUAGUCCAACUGCUGAUAUUUUAGCUACUGGUGAUGAUUAUGGAAAAGUUAAACUAUUCAAAUAUCCAACUAUUAAACCAAAGGCUGAAUUUCAUGCUUAUAAUGGUCAUUCAAGUCAUGUGACAAAUGUAACAUUUUUAUAUGAUGGAUCUAGAUUAAUAUCUACUGGGGGCAAAGAUACAGCUGUAUUACAAUGGGAAGUAUGCAUUUGAUACAUGAUACUAUGUGAUAAAUACAUAUUCAUUCAUUUAAUCAUUUACUUCUUCAAUACUGUUCAUAGUUAUUAUUGUCUUUUUCUAUUCAUACUCACCAUAUCAUCAUUUACAACUCAAUUAUACGCUUGAAGGGUAAUAAAAUAAAGAGUAUUCGACAGUUGUCUGUACGGUUUUCUGAUACCUUCAAAUUUAAAUGUAUUUGUCACAAUCAUUCAUUUCUUCAUAAAGUUUGAUCAUGUAUGUGUGCAAUACAUUUACAAUUACAAAAGAAUACAAUUUAGCAUAGUUAAUUUAUUAUUAUAGUCUAUAACCCUUUGUCUUAAUAAAAUUAUUAACAUGUUUGUUUGCUAUUGUUACUAGUUUUCUGCCUCCACCCCACCCCGAAAAACCUUUUUCUCCUUUACUAAUAUACCAUAUUAAUAAGUUGUUUAUUGAUUUAUUUAUUUAUAAAAAGCGGCAUAGUUUUUUCGUGAUAAAACAG